AUGGCACCAAGAGAUGGAUCCCCAGAGCGGACUAGUACACCAGAUACGGUGGAAAAGGGCAUGGCGACGAUCAACACCUUGAGGAUCGGGGUCAAGGCUUUCGUGGGAAAAGAUGGCGAGAAAAGGAAAGCUGAAAUCUUGUCAAUAAAAGAAAGCAAGAAAGGAGAACCUACCUUCUACGUCCACUACGAAGACUUCAACAAACGUCUCGAUGAAUGGGUGCCGGCAUCUCGUCUCGACCUCUCACAAGAAGUCGAGUGGCCACAACCCGAAGCCCCCACCAAGAAAUCCCAAAAAUCAACCGCUCCAGCUCCAAAAUCCGCUACUCUACCCAAAUCUACCGCGGGCCAGAAACGGCCGCGAACGUCCACCACAGCAGCCGCAAGCCGCAAGAGUUCCGACACCCCAGAACUAAGUACUACCUCCGGCAAUGCAUCUAAAGCAGUGCGGCCUUCCCUAGUGGGAGGCAAGGAAAACCGCCCUGGCAGUGACAACUCCAUCUCCGUUAUUGCCCCCGAAAUCAUUACGGGUACCCCUAAAGGCGAAGAUUCAGAGCUCGAUCUCGUUGAUAUUCAAGAUGCUGCCGCUGCCGCCAAAGCUUCGAAUCCACAGCAUAAUGCUCCCUACUCGCGUGAAGAAGAAAUUGAGAAGCUUCGCACGGGUGGUAGCAUGACCCAGAACCAAACAGAAAUCUCCCGUGUGCGAAAUCUUGACCGUAUUCAAAUGGGUGCUUUCGAAAUGGAGCCUUGGUAUUUCUCGCCCUAUCCUUCCAACUUCACUGCCGCAGACACUAUUCAUAUCUGCGAAUUCUGUCUGAGUUAUUUCGCCUCUCUUCAGACCUUCACUCGGCAUCGUGCAAAAUGCACCCUUCUCCAUCCUCCAGGAAACGAAAUCUAUCGCGACUCUUCGGUAUCUUUCUUCGAAAUUGAUGGCCGCCGGCAACGUCGAUGGUGUCGUAACCUUUGCCUACUCAGUAAACUCUUCCUAGACCACAAAACACUUUACUACGACGUCGAUCCUUUUUUGUUUUACUGCAUGACAACUCGCGAUCCACACGGAUGUCAUCUAGUUGGCUACUUCAGCAAAGAAAAGGAAUCAGCCGAGGGGUACAAUGUAGCCUGCAUCCUUACAUUACCACAAUACCAAAGAAAGGGCUUUGGGAAACUUCUGAUAGCAUUCAGCUACGAGCUUUCCAAACGCGAAGCCAAACUGGGAUCACCCGAAAAACCGCUCUCCGAUCUUGGUCUCCUAGGCUACCGCGCUUACUGGGCCGAAACCGUCACAGACGCCCUCGUCGAACAUGAAAAGACCGGCAAAGACGGCAAAGGCAGCGGUGAAAUCUCGGUAGAGGAGAUAGGCGCACUCAGCGCUAUGACGACAAACGACGUGCUGCACACACUGCAAAACCUGAACAUGCUGAGGUACAGCAAGGGACAGCAUGUCAUUGUCCUCACCGAGGCUGUGUUGGAGGCGAAGGAGAAGGCGAAGGCGAAGGAGAAAGCAAAGGGGAUUGCGAGAAGGAGGAUUGAGCCGGACAGGCUCAUGUGGAAGCCGCCUGUGUUUACGGCCAGUUCGAGGACGUGGAAUUGGUAA